UGCACCACGAGUCUGUUAUUUUCAAAACAGGCCAUGGAAGUAGUUAGUACAAUAAAGAUGAUGAUUAUCGAUUCAAGACUCUCAAUUAUUUGCAAUCCAACUCGAGACCAAGUACGGGCACUGUAGAUCUUGGCUGUUGGGAAUUUGCUAGGUUGUGUGCCGUUGGACGUGUGGGCAGGUCUUGCCAGGUGCUCUCAUGGUGCCGUGCCUUGCCGUGCGGCGUGCGAUUGUAAAUCGUCGGUGCCGACUAGGAGAGUCUAGAGGAGUUUUGCCAUUCUGGGUCAGCUCACAAAUACGCCGCCAGACGGCAGCGCCUCAGCCUGUCGACCAGUUCGAUGCCCCCCAGGAGAGCGGCGACCUGGGCUGUACUGAGCCGGCGAGGAAGUACUUCCAGGACCACGCGCUUGCCGAUGUGCAGCCCACGGUCUUCCAGACACCGCAUGACUUUCGCAAAUACAAUCGUGCCGCGGUCCAUGACCAGGAGGCCGAGCAGGGGGAAACGGAGACGAGGCGCAGAGGAGGUCGCUUCGUGACCAUCUCAGAGUUCAAGCGGCUAACUGAGGAGCUGGUCUCGUGCACUCUGGAGGCGUGGCGAGUAGGCGCAGCGUGCUCCGAACGGCAAGAACACAUUCACGGCCUGCCGGUGGCGGUGACUGCGCGCAACAGCACGGCAUACAAUGGUCUCGUGAAGUUCCUUCCCCACCCCGGCAAUGUACAAGCGCGUGGAGGCAAGGAACAGCAGUGCGAGGUGAUUAUCCAGGAUCGGCGUGGCGACGAGAGCAUCGAAUUGGCCGGUGACACUUUCUCAAUUACGUCAGUGCGCGCGUCGCUGCCUGCGGAGCGAAUGUUGGAGGCGGUGGACAAGCUAGCUAGCGUCGAGGCAAGUUACGCCAGAAUAGUGAUGGAUCGCGGCAAUGAGAAGAAAGCUAGCCAACGAUUACCUAAUCCCGACCUGUACUUUGAGGUGAUGGCGCGUCCACCGCCUGUCUCCGAGCAACUUCUGCCAAGGCUUCUAGGCGUGUGGAAAACGGCGAAGGAGUCUCGCAGCACGCUUGGAGGGAAGUGCUCGCCGGGAGCGAAACCCUUGACAGACGUGCAGCGUGCAGUGGUGAAGAAGGUGUUCCAGCAGUCGCUGACGCUGAUCCAGGGACCGCCCGGCACGGGAAAGUCGACGGUGGCCGGCGAGAUUGUGGUGCGCUGCAAGGAGACCAUGCUCGGCGACCAGGAAGACGGCAGCAAGGCGCGGAUCCUGCUCCUGUCGCCGUCCAACAUUGCCAGCGACAACCUGGCGCGCAUAGCGGACGCUCGGGGUCUCCGCACGGUGCGCGUGAACGCGGAGAACCGCCGCAAGGAGACGUCCGAGCCGAUUCCCGACGACAUCCGACACCUGUGCCUGGAACACCGAGUUGUGCAGCUGCUGAAGGCCGAUAAGGCGCGCUUUGGCGACAGUGUGCCGCACUUCAUGGACAACGCCGGUGUCACAGGCAACUUAGACCUUUUCGUCGAAGAAGCCUAUAGACGUCGCCCAGAUUCGCCCGACCUUCUGCAGGCUUUCCAUCGCCUACGGAAUAUGUACGAGUCCAAAGUGCUGGAAAGGUGCCACGUGAUCGUCACCACGUGUAGCUCUAGCGCGCUGAGCACCGUCCGCUCGUACGAGUACCCGGUGAUCAUCGUGGACGAGGCCACACAGGGCAUCGAGGCCGAGGUGCUUCUGGCCGUGGUCCAGUGCCCGAGGCACCUCGUCCUGCUCGGCGACCAGUGCCAGCUGGGGCCGGCGCUGGGCUCGUCCGUGUCGCUGUUCGAGCGCCUCGUCCUGGCCGGCCACCGCGCCGAGCUGCUGGUGACGCAGUACCGCAUGCACCCGACGCUUGUCGACUUCUCCAACCGCGUCCUCUACGGCGGCAAGCUGGUCAGUGGCAUCACGGCGGCUGAUCGGCAGCACACCGCCCAGCGCUUCCCGUGGCCAGUUACCACCGGUAGCAAAGCAGGGAGCACCUCGCCAAUGCUGUUUCUGGCGGUGGACGGCCACGACAACCGCACCAACAAGAUGUCCUACGAGAACGAGGCGGAGGGCGGCUGGGUGGUACGUGCGCUCUCCCGCAUCCUCAACUGCGGCGUGGCGCCGGCAGACGUGGGCGUCAUCACCCCGUACUCGUGUCAGCGCUCGCACAUACUCUCGCGCCUGCGCACCGAGUGCCCGCAGGCGAAAGGCGUCGAGGUGGGCAGUGUGGACGGCUUCCAGGGCCGCGAGAAAGACUACAUUAUCAUCUCGUGCGUUCGCAGCAAUCCGUCCGACUCCAUUGGCUUUGUGGGCGAUGUCCGCCGCCUGAACGUGGCACUGACGCGCGCCAAGCGCGGCCUGAUCAUCCUCGGCAACCCCAAAACGCUGUGCAGGUACCCAUUGUGGAAUGAUCUGCUCCACCAGUUCCAGAUCAAUGGAUCACUGAUGGUAGGUAGCACUCUGGAUGCCUUGCAACCCUACCCAGUGAAGUUUACGUGCCAAGGUUACCGCUUCAAUCUGAAAAACAGUAUUAGCCGUCACUAAGAUGCCGGCGUGAUUUAACCAGUGCGUGCGCGUGUGCGUGCCGUCACAAGUGUUGUGCGUGCCUAGUGCGAACGCUGCUCGCCUCGAGUGUGGAGAGGUGGCUGGCCAGCCCUCCGUGUGUGCGUGUGUGUGCGCGUGUGUGUGCGUGUGUGUGUGUGUGUGUGUGUGUGUGUGUGUGUGUGUGCGUGUGUGUGUGUGUGUGGUGUGUGUGUGUGUGUGUGUGUGCGAUGGGCAUGUGUAAGGUGUGUGUGUGUGUGUGUGUGUGUGUGUGUGUGUGUGUGUACAUUGCUAUGGCGCAUAUCCGUUGAACAAUCCUACGAGAGAGGGGUAGUAUCUUCUCUGACUUGGCAGUGCGCUAGUGCUAGACUGCUAGUCAAACAGCUGUCCGCACAGUUCAUCGCCAACCUCUAACCCAGACCUGUUUAGCCUCCUAACUGGUUAUGGCUGUCGAUAGCCUAGUUCUUAUGCCACUUAUGAACUCGCGCUGUUGCUUUCUGUUGCGCAUACUCUUAGCAACUAUCCACUAUUUAUUUAGCCUUUGAGUUUCUGCUGGUGUUGUUGUUAAUUCAUGUCAGCAUUAUCAAAUACAAUGUAGCUCUUUUACAAAUUUA